AUGUUCUUCAGUAGUAAAUCUGAUAUGGUAAUCGAAGCUACAGUAUUUUCGCUCUUGUGCUUAUUUUCGAUGUGUUGUGGCCAAACUAUCGACGGUUUUAAUACCGACGUAUACGUAAAAGAUACAUUUUAUUCGCCGACUCCGAUUUUGGAAAAUGCCCAUUCGUACUCGAUCCUAUUAGAAUUCAGUAACAUGAUCGUUGACAAAACCUUACUAAUCAAAGAAGUGUUGCAAUGCGAACGAAAAGUGAUGAUUAUUACGUUACCUCGAGGAUUCGGCAAAACUGUCAACAUGGAAAUGCUAAAAGCUUUCCUCGAAAUCGAAGUAGACGAAUUAUCCAAUGAAAUUCUGCCAAAAAAUCAAACCGCUAAUUAUCGAAUAUUCACCGAAGGCGUUCACGUAUCCGAGAAUAUGGCCGAAAUUCAUAAUUUUCGUACACCUUUGCUCAUCUCCAAACACGCCGAGCUGUUGGAAAAAUACCAAGGUCAACGUCCUAUUAUAUACUUGAAGUUCAGCCAAGCUAUCGAUAUCUCCUAUAAAGAAUUCUACUUAGAAAUACGGAAAUCCAUUAGGCAAGCUUUUAUGGACCACGAGUACCUGCUCAAUCAUUAUAAAGACAUUUAUUAUUUCAAAAACGGAACCGAAAAUCAAAUAACACAAGCUAAAUGGAAAAUGGAUUUAUUCAACGAUCGCAUAUCUUUGGGUAGAGACGAAACAGACGUCUUCGAGAGUAUUUAUCGACUGAGUAUGUUGUUAUUCGAGCAUUUUGGUCGUCCCGUUGUCAUCUUAAUCGACGAAUACGAUCACCUUCUCUUGCAGGUAUUCAAAUGGGUGCUAGAUUCUCCAGAAGGUUGGAGUUAUCGAGAUAUACAAACCGAAGAACGUGUUAUUGACUUUUUUCGUAAAUGGUUUUGGAGAAUUUUAGAUCAGAAUGAGUACUGCGAAAGAGCCAUCUUGAAUGGUCGAACGUUAUUCUGCAAAAAUGAAGUAUUCUCAGCGGUCCGAGAUCACAUAGCGAUCGAUCCGUUCACCAAUCCAUUCCACGAGUAUUACGGGUUCACUGAUCGAGAAGUGGAGAAAUUAUUCGAAUUUGCUGAUAUUCCUCAAGGUCCUCGGCAAGAUGCCAGAGUAUGGUUCUAUGGGUAUAAUUUGAACCUAUUCAGUAACCUCAAGGUGUACAAUUCUUUCACCAUAGCUUCGUUUUUGGCCAAUAAACGCAUGAGUAAUUAUUGGGAAAACGAAUAUGCCCUUUUGUAUGGUCGCGAUAUCAGGAGAUUAUUCCAGUUCGAAUCUCUUCGAGGAUUUUAUACCACAUUGAUUCAAAAAGGUACCUACCCAGUAUCAUUGAACGAGUUACAGAUCUAUAAAGCUGAUCGUAUUCAUCUUAGUCGUUUGUUAAAGUCCAGUAAAUAUACCUUCGGGGUGAAUGACAUCAAUUCCAUGGUUAUUAUCAAAGAGCUUUCUGUUGCUGGGUAUUUAACCAACUCUGGCCUAUCUGAGAAUGGAAUGGUCCAGAUAAGGUUUCCAAAUAUGGAAUGUGCCAGUGUAUGUGCUCGUAUACUAAAUGUUCCCAUUGGUAAAUAUUCGUGGCUGAAUGAUUCCACUCUGUUCAGAUUCGCUCCUGAAUACUACGAUGAAAUGGAACGAAUCAAAAAAAGUAUUCGGACGAGAAGGCCGAAUAUUAUAUUUGAAACACCUUCCAGGGCUCCGAAAACGACCAGAGAGAAAUAUUUUAUUAUCACGAGUACAGCGUUCCCUAUGACUGGGAAAAUGAAAAUGAAGAAAAUAGGCUUUAAUUUUAAGAAGGCUUACGAGCCAAAGGAUGUAUCUACUUUUGAAGUCAAGGAAUCGGAAGAGUAUUGAACUACGUGGGUUUACAAUAGUGCAAAUAUUUUUCUCGAGUCUCAAAGGGUUGAUGAUUAUUUUUCAAGCUUUUAUUCACAUCUGCAGACCGUGAUUUUUUCUCAAAUGAAUGAUGUGAAUUUUGAUCAGGUAAUUUUUCAGCUCGUGUACAGUCUUGGCGGUAAUACUCUCAAUAUUAUAUAGUUGAAAAAUUCAAACCAUCAUUAUUUGAAAACAGUUCAAUUUCAAAAAUCAUUCACACAAUUUCAGCAAAAUUUGACGGACGUAAUUUAGUAAAAAUUGCAUGAGUUAAAAUUGCUUCAGAAAACUUACUCGAAAAUUUGUUAAAAUUAUUUUGAGCAACCCAUGAAAAAAAACCAAUGCAAUUUCAAGAAAGUUUCUCAAAAUUCAGAAAAAAUCUCAGAAAACUUCAAAACAUUUGAACAUGUUGUCAUUGUCGUUAACUAUGGUACAUAACAUCAUAGUACCUUUCUUGUCUUUUGUUGAAGGUUUUUAAGUUCUUGAAACCUUUUUCGCGAGAUAUCAGACACAUUUACUGUAUUUAUCGUCAGGUUUUCAAACCCUGCCUCGACCACUUUUUUCACAACCGUUUGGAGCUUAAUCGGAAAUGGAAUACAGAAUUCGACAGUGUGGUCCGCUUUCUGUUGAAUUAACAAAAAAACAAACAUUAAUUUUUGCAAAUAUAAAUGAAAAAAAAAUCAAAAACAAGACAAAUAAAAAAAAACUUAUUUCAUCAAUCUUCACAUUCGACCAAUUGGCCUCAUCGAAAAUGUUCUCUAGUAUGUAUACUAUAUCUUGAGCUAUGAAAUGUCCAUCAACGAAUAUGCCGAUGGUCUAACGGUACAUUUGCGAAUGCAUCAGUUUUUUAAGACAAUUUUUAUAGAAAAAAAUCGUAUGUGUCCGGAGUUCGACUACAUAGUACAUACAUUCACCAAUUAAAUUACUUUCAUGAGUAUUCGGCGAUCGCAAUAUAACAAAAACAAAUACAGAAAUAGGUAUAGGUACGAUUAGAGGUACGUGCAUAGAAAUCAAAAGAAAAAAACUUGACCAAUUCUGUCCAUAUUGAAUAAAUAAAGGUGUAUUUAAUGAAUUAAAAUUCACUACAGAUGAUCUUAGAUAUUACGAUAAUAAAGUAAUGAAUUGAAAUAAAACAGCAAAUUAAAAAAAAUAAUAAUCAGUACUUUAAAUGGUUACUUACUGCGAUUAUCUUCUCGUUUCACGAAAUAUCAAUAUUUCCGGUAUUAUUGCGGACAUUUGACAUAGGUAAUAUAUAGGUAAUUUACACAGAAAUUACGAAAAUCACUUUUUUUUAAAAUAUAAAUAUUCAAAAAUAUGGCGCAAUUGCUUUGAAUUAUUUGAGUUGAGAUUAAGCUCAAAAUCCUUUAUUAAUAUACUCUUCACUUGGAAAAAAAUCACCACAAGAGAUUUUAGGAUGACAGAUGAAUUUUUUUUCUGGAUUUUCAACAUUUUUUUUCCAUCUCUGGGCAUAAUUCUUGAAUUAAGUUUUUUUACUUAUAAAUACUUAUGUAUAAUACAUCGUCAAAUUUUUCUUUUUUUAAAGAUGAAUCAAGUGCAUGAGUUGAGCCUGUCUUGCAAAAAACACAUCAUGUGUAUGUUACAUUUUUAUCUACAAGAAGGCGAAGACACAACUGUAUUCUGCACAAAUAAAUUACUAUGGGAUCCAACGAAGCAAAUCCAAAUCAUCCCAUAUGAACCCCUCAACAAAGCACCCACCGUUGAGCGCCAACUGUCACGUAGGUUUUUACCGAAGCACUUGAUCGAUUCUGAGUUACCGAAUAAAAGACGAACACAGGAUUGUAUCAAUUAAUUUUUUCACUUUAUUUAACAAAUACGGUAUCGUUCGUACACUACACAAAUUGUUUGAGUCAAAUGAAAAGGAAACGGUGAACGUGUUUAUAUAACACAGAAUGACCAAUUUGUAGAAGUCUUAGUUGAUCGAACGUGUAAGAAUAAUUUUGAUAAGAGCAUUCUACAAUUUGGUUUUUUUGAAGGACUAAACAACAGUGUGAUCACUGUGCAUUGGAUUUGAAAAUAGAAGAGAUACUGAGGAUCGAGAAAAGAAGACUAAAAAUUUGGAAUAUCUCUUUAUUUUGAUAACAAAAAAUAAGCUUUUUGUCUCAACUUUUGAAUAAUUAGAAUAAUCGUAGCGUUUGAUCGAGUAUUGAGUUAUUAAAGUGUAGCUAAGACGUGGCCAUUUGCCAUUUGAAUAUCAGUUUACUAUCAUCAGGUAUAUUUAACGAUCGAUUCAAUUUUAACAAAUAGGGUAAGCUAAGGCGAUGUUGUUGCCUUCUCGAGUACCUAUCGCGACUAACUUUUAUCGAUCCACCAAAAAUUCAUCUCAAGAUCUAAUAAAUGAUUUAUGUAUGAAUUCAUCUUUGUAUAGGAUCCAUCAUGUAAGAUCUAAUAAUAUUUUCAUUCGAGUAUGAAGAUGGAUUCAUAAGAAAAAAACAUAAAACAUUAGAAAUAUUUUCCCCUUCACUUCAUUUAUUUCCACAAUUCAAAGAAAAAAAAUCAAAUUUGAAGGUUUUAAUCAACUAGUAAGUAUCUAAAAAAUGAACGCAUUUCCUAAAUAGUCUUAGAUGAAGACAUAACAAUCGAUAUGUCACACUUAUGACUGUUGAUGUGUAAUGAUGAAAAAUCGUCCAUACCCGUAUUAGAAGCCUGUCGACAUCUAUCGCAGGGCUCCAUUUGAUUUUCUGAUUCCUUUUCUGUGGCGGGGGCAGCAUCUUUCGACGAAUCCGAGAGCUCUAUUUGAUUUUCUGAUUCAUUUUCUUGGGGGGGGGCAGCAUCUUUCGGCGAACCGCAAAUGGUUUCUGGCCGGACCAAUCCACAAUAUUGACAGAUCAGUGCCGCCGUCGUCUGCAGCAAAUAUGCCUACUUCCUACUUCUUUUUAUAUUCUUUUGGCGCCCAACGUGGGAUAUAACAAUAAUAAAUACAGAAAUGAAAAAAAAAAAAAAAAGGUCAUGGCAAAACGCAAUACAGAGAAAAAAAAUCAAAAAACCACGUUAUACAUAUGAAAUUUUCGUAUAUGUAAUGAUACUUACACUAGGCGAUAACAUUCUCGGAGUCGGAAUCUCCCUGACGUCUCCUCCUACCUCUUCCACUUGGGAAAUAAAUGCGGCCCAAAAACUUGAUAAAUCUAAAAAUAAAAAAUAAAAAAUUAAUACAAUUAGGUACAAAAAAUUUAAACACAAAAAUAAUUCCAAUUCACACAAAUUAAUUUAAAAUUGCAACGAUCACUUUCACGCAGAUAUAAUAAAAACAAUUACUGCAAUAACAAUUGUGACAACCACCUCAUUUCAGUUUGUAGGUACCUACUUCAAGAGAACGAUCAUCCUUCUAAAACGACGAUCAUAAUGCAACUUUUUUUUGCUGAGGGUACAAAAAAUUCCUAACGCCACGAUUUUUCGUCGUUACAUACAUAUUAUUUAAAAAUUCAAAAUUGAUAAUUUCUCUUAAUCCCCCCAAUUGAUCAAAUCUCUCUUCAUUAUCAUCGCCAGGAUGAUGUACUCUAGGUCAGUUCAGAUUUUGAGCUUAGGCCACAUUUCUUUUAUUCAUUUUAUACACAAACACGAUCUUUAAAAAAAAUAAUCAUAAAAACAACAAGAAAAAUCAAUAAAUAUUAACACAUUAACCAAUGAGUUUUCUAACGAGAUAUGAAAGAUGAAAAAAAAAAUUACUUACUACGAAUUCGUCUUGAAUGCCAAACUUAUAUCAAUUACUUACAUAUUUGGAUAAAUCGCCAAAUACGAUUUUGUUCACAUUCUCUUCCCUAUUUAUAAUUUACCGUUAAAUCACGCGAUUUCUUUUUUCUUAUGUAGGCUUGUUGGUUUCGAUAAGCUCAGCUUUUUUUUGUUACCCUACCUCAGUAAUUUAAAUGUUUAGUGUAGAAGUCGAUAACAGUUCAUAUAUUUUGGUAAAUUCUCUACGUAACAGUAGGUAGCAUUCUUGAAAACAAAAAACCAAAGGUACUUGGACACGGCAGCAUGACGGAAACGUCCAGUAAUACUUUACAAUUUAAAAAAAAUGAUAUAAAAAAUUUUAAAUGCCUUUCUCAGGGCUCUGGACCACUUGGAGGACGGCGAGCUGCCGAACGCCCGAACGCUAGCAACUUCCCACGGAGCGCGCGUGGGAUUUUAACGGACGCUCGGGCGAUUCCUCCAAGUGGCCCAUAUACUACUACCGAAAGCUCUGGCUGCAACCAUUCAAAAGUAAUAUGAGAUCUAAGUUACGGAAAUAGUGUAUAUUUUUUACUCACUUUAUAUUUUCAGACUGGAGAGUUGAGUAUUCAGUUUCAUUCUCGGAUUCUUGCAACUCAAACGAGACAGACCUGAGUGUUCCACACAAUCUCUGCAGAUUGGGAUACUCACCUCUACGGCGAUGAUGACUGCCUUUAUCGGCGGCGGAACCUUUUUAGCUCGUAGCACCGGAAUUAUGUACGACUAUGUCUGGUACAUCGAAAGCAGGAUUCCAGAUAGGGGUAGCUGGAGUGACGCGCUCCGGGGGGCUAUCAUUCAAUACCUCCUUAGAAUAUAAAGGUCGUUGAGGUAGGACGCUGCUAUUGGGACUGUUUCAGCACUGGUUAAUGGGUUGAAAAGUAAAAAAAGUACAAGUGGUAACGGAGUUUAUAUUCGAUGAUUCAGAUAUAAUUUACAAGGCAAAAUAAUAGAAUUUUUCAGUGCGAAUUUGUCAACGUCAUAGGGGACCAUUUACAGAAAGAAAAACACAAGCGGUAUUUUAAACAUUACGUUACGUUACCCUUGGCAUAUUGAUGAAUUUUGAUAAAUUGACUGGCUCUGAUGGCGAAAUUCCCACGAAUGACCAAUUCCCAAGAUGACCAGCAGCAACGGAUUUCCAAAAUGACCAUGGACCAUGAAUUUACCAGUAACGAAUGGCGAGAAUUUUGGUCGGCUACAGGGUACUGAGGAUGAGUUCUGCUAUGUUGGUCCAAUGAUUGAUCUUAUUUUGAUUUGAUGCGAAUCUAGAUUUUUCCAGCUUGGAGUGAAUUUUCAGAAUGGUUCAAUUUUCUCGAUUUCUAGUAUUGAUAAUUUUCAGAAUGGUUCAAUUUUCUCGAUUUCUAGUAUUGAUAGACAUUGUCUCUGAUUUUUUUGGAUUCAGUCUCCCGCGACAAUGCAGAUUG